ACUUUCGGUUUUGAUAGUUUUGUCAACAGUGUAAAUUCCUUUUGAAACGUUGAUAAUACGGUUGUGUAAAACUGUUUGACAAGUUAACCGUUUGUAUACUGUAAAAAUGAACAUUGAUUUUGCUAUGUUGAUACAAUUUCGGCAGAAAGUGUGGCGCCAGUUCAACGCACCCCCAAUACAGUCUUAAAACAACACACAGAUCGCGCGUUGUGUAGACGGCUACACAAUUGACGCGAGAACUGUCUUACUGGAAGGAGUACUCGAUGUAUCACGAUUUGAUUAUUUGAGUAACAUGAUACGUGUUUUUGUUUAAUCGUGUUCGAAGUUCAAGGCUGUGUCUUCUUCUUUUUAUGUUCGAUUGCACAUUUAUUUAUGAAAUCGAAAUCGAAAUUAGCAGUGAACUGCUGUACUUAAUAAUUUACAUAUUCAAAUCGAAAGUGACAGUACUCAAUAAUUUGCUUAGCGACAAGACGUACAUUUCACAACUGUGAGUUUGUAUUUAUGAUGAUUCAAAAUCAGGACAGUCUAAGUACUGUGGAAAACCUUUAGUUCUGCUAAAUUACUCGCAAAAUCUUAUGUGUUAAAGUUCAUACAAAAAUAUUAAAUAGGUUAUUGAUUAAACCAGAUUUUUAAAGCAGGUGUACGAAUUAAACUCACUUAGGUGGACGGUGCAUGCAAUUUUAAAUUUGACAAGUGACAUUGGAGCGAUAACUAGCAAAACUAUAGGUGGAAUAUUUAAAAUACAAUCAUUGUUUCUUGUACAUGAUAAGCUACGAAGAUUGUGAGAUAUAUAUGGUGAAGAUGGGAAAGUCGGUAGUUAAGAACGUAUUAGUGUACCGGUAUGCAUAAACGCAGAUCUGUGUCCGAUAUAUUUGAAAACCGCUUUCAUUUCGUGGAAGCGAACAAUCAAGAUGGCCGAUAAAUACACUAAAGAACCACCGGUAAUCGCCGCUAUUGAUAUUGGUACGACAUUUACAGGUUACGCCUUCAAGUUUGCUUCUAACGACACAAUUUACUGCGCCGUUAACCAACCCGAAUUACGGGUUCCAACGUGUGUUCUACUAAAUCCAGACAAGACGUUGCGUGCUUUCGGAAAGGAUGCAGUUGAGAAGUAUGAAGCGGUUAUGUCGUCCGCAGAGCAGAAAUCCCAUUUCUACUUUCGAAAUUUUAAAAUGUCGCUAUAUAAACCAGAAUCAGGGGAUGUGAAAGUUAAUAUAUCUGACGAACGUGGAAAAGAUAUGGAUGCGUUAGAAGUCUUUAAAAUCGCCCUAGCUCAUAUGAACAACAAAAUAUUACAAGACAUAAAAACGAGGAGAUAUUUUGACACGCCGAUGAUGAAUGAAGAGAUACAGUGGAUUAUAACUGUCCCUGCUAUGUGGAGUGAUUUCUCCAGGAAUUUUAUGCGACAUGCAGCCGAGAGUGCAGGAUUCGUUUCUGAAAAGACGAGGCUCGUGUUAGAGCCAGAAGCGGCAUCGGCGUUUGUUAGAAGUCAAAAAAUAGUGAUCAAAGGUAAUGCCAGUGGUGCAUUAGAGAAAGGCCAUCGGUACAUUAUAGCUGAUCUUGGUGGAGGAACAAUCGAUAUCUGUGCCCAUGAGAUUCUUGAUAAAGGAAGAGUUAUUGAAAUUAACCGGCCGUGUGGCGAUUACGGAGGUGGGACUGUUAUUGACCAAGAGUUCUUUAGUUUUCUUGUUAAACUAUUCGGAGGAGAGGUUUUUGAAAUGUUUAAAACCGGAAAUCGAUUAAAGUUCUUUGAUCUUCUGAGGGAUUUUGAAAACAAAAAGUCCACGUUUUCAAAAAGUACUGACGAAGUCGUCAUAGAUUUAGGUGGUCUUAUACACCUGUAUCAACAAAAAGAGAAAGAAAGUACAUCGGAAAUGCUCGAAAGAUCGUUAUAUGGAAACAAAGUCCGUAUGCAUGAAAACAAAACCCAUAUGUAUUUGUCCAACCGGACGAUGAAAGAGUUCUUUGAAAAGUCACGGUCGGCGAUAAUUAAAAAUAUGAAAGAAAUAGUUGAAGAAAGUCAAAAAAAGAGCAAGCCCAUUCAGUCCAUUUUGUUAGCUGGUGGGCUUUCAGAAUCGCCUUACAUAAAGGAAUGUAUCAGAGAAGAAUUCGAGGGAAAACUACAAGUCGUCUGUGCGGACGAAGGUAGAUUGGCAGUAGUAAAAGGGGCUGUCAUACUAGGAUAUACACCGCGAGACCAUAUUACAAGAAAGGCACCGUAUACGUACGGAUUUUAUCGAAUACGACCAUUUGACAGCAAAUGCCAUGACGAAAAUCUCAGCGUAACGUACAACAGCGUCAAGCAGUGCGACAAAUUGUUUCAUAAAUUGAUCGAAAAAGGACAGACCAUUCAGCAUAAUGAAUCCUUUGAAGUAGAAGGCGAAAUCACAAUACGAGAUGACGAUCUGAAAAAUAAAAUCCGCAUUAUGUCACUCUGGCGGUCGUCGCUUACCGACCCUAAAUACUGUCAACCAAACGAGGAAAACCAGGCUCAGAUUGUAGCGAAAAUAGAGAUAGAACCACCAAAAGGUGGAUGGCCGAGCACGCUGCGGCACGUGCAAACACUAAUAGUGGAUGACAAUCAAUUCGUCAUCAAGUUUGUAAACAAAAACAAUAAUAUGGAAUUCAAAACGACAGUCACUUAUGUAAGCAACUAGUCCUGAAGACAGAGGUCGUUUAGGUUCGUAACAUACCUUUUGGUGGCUGUGGUUUACAAUUAGCUACGAUAUUAAUUAAGGGCAUUAUAGUUGCUCUCAAAUGUCAUUUAUGAUUUAUCAUAAUGUGUAUAGUGUACCGGUAAUUGAAUUGUAUUAUAUUAUGAAUAUAUAUCAACUGUUGAAAGAAUACAACAAUGUGUAUGCCUGCACAUUUUUUCCUUAACUGUUAUAAGCAUCUGAUUGUAUCAAACAAUAUAUUGUAGAAUGUAUUCUUAUAGCAAUACUUACUUGAUAUAAAGUUUAGUGUCGUCGUCAUUAAAGGGACCUUUUCACGUUUUGGUAAAUUGACACAAUUGAAACAAAAUGUUUCAAAAUUGCACAUUGUCGUUUUUGUUAUAAUAUUUGCGAGGACACAGCAAUAUUGAACAUUUACCAUGCUCUAAAAAUCCAUUAUAUGCAUCUUUUGACGAUUUAAAAACCUGAAAACCUGUAAAAUUAUAAAGCGUUACAAACGCGAAACGAUUGAAUAAUUUGGAGAUUUAUGAUGUUUUUGUGGAGAUAAUGCUAAAAUUUCAAAAGCACAAUUUGGAUUUAGAAAACAAUGUUCAACUGUUGAUACAAUUUCUUUCUUGAUGUCUGUUGUAGAGCAUAUUUUGAAAUGAAAAACAAACAUUUGCAUGUUGUAUACGUUGAUUUGCUUAAAAGUUUUGAUAGUGUAUUUCGUAGUACAUUGUGGUUAAAAAUGUAUACAUCUUGUAUAUAAAUUUAAUUAGUAAGAAUGUGUAUGAAGAUUAAAUCUUGUGUUAAGUCGUGUACAUCAUAUUCGUAAUACUUUAGUUAUGAUGUCUGUCUCAGACAAGACGAGAUAAUGUCCCCGAUUCUUUUUCACUUUUUGUAGAAGAUAUUGAGCCUUUUUUACAAGAUAGCACAUUGUCUGGCGUCAGUAUAUACGACCUAACCUUAAUUUUAGAGUAAUAGUACAUAACCUUUUUGAUGACCUUUACCUGUAUUGCAAUUUUAGUGUGUGUGGGGGUGGGGGGCUCAAUGUGAACACUUCAAAAAACAACAAUAAUGGUUUCAAUCGUCUGUCGCAAUAGAGGAACAAUUUGACAAGAUGGAAAAUGGACAUAUUAUGGUAAAAAUAAAGAAAUCGUCGAUGACUUCAAUUAUAUCGGCACUGUUAUUAGUUGCAUUGGUAGUUUCACUUUAAAUCAAGAACAUUUGGUGAAAAGGCAUUGAAGCUAUAUAAAGUAGUUUAAUAUAUAAAUGUAAUCUUAGGCCGAAAUUAAUUUGUCAGUUGUUUGAUUCUUUUGUAGCGUCUAUGUGUUGCUAUGCCUCUGAAAUAUUUGAUUUUCGAAAAUCAAAAGAGAUCGAAAGCAGUCAUUAAUAUUUUUUUGCAAAAGAGUGUUAAAUGUAACAAUGAACACAUAUGUCAUGCUUCACUAUGGUGAGUUAGGCAGUUACCCGUUAUAUGUAAAUGUGUAUAUACGAAUUGUUCGAUAUUGCUUAAACGUUAAUAACAGUAAAAAUAUUAAUAUUCACACUGUUUAUAACCAAGCAUUAAAUGAUUAUAAUAAAGGAUGCAAACUUUGGGUUGCAAACGUUAAUCAAGUGUUAAUGUAUUUGUAUAUAUGUAUAUGAUUGUCUUUGCCAUAACUUUUUUUUGUAUUUGUUAAUGAACAAAAGGCAAAUAUUUUGCCGAUUGCUAACAAACUGAAACUGUUUAACGAAUACGGACUGUCCCAUAAUUUCGAAACUGCGAAUAUAACUAAUAGUCAUGCUUUCGUAUUUGAAUUUAAAUUUAUUGAAAACUUUAAUCAUAAAUGGUUGUUUAAUAUGAAUAGAAGUUAUAUUCUAGAUAUUAUGUUUAAACCUACAUUUGAAUAAAAUACUUCUUAGAUUU